CUUUUUUUCUCGCGUUUUUUUUUUUUCCGGUUCGAGGGCAGCCAGCCAUGAUCGAAUCCAAAUCCGGUGAAGAGGUGGCGCGGAGGCGAUGCAGCUGGAGAUGGAGUUAAGACCAGGCGGUGAGAAGCUCCUCCUCCUUUUUUCUCCUGGUGAUGAUCGUGAGCUAGAACAGGGAAAUGAUGGAUUGAUUGCUUGAUCCCCAAGGGCGAGAAGGGAAGAGAUCGUGACAAGGGAUUGAGAAGCAAACAAAAAGGGUGGAAGAUCGCGGGAGUGGAAGCAGUCGAAUCUAAAAGUCCAAAAGAGCCGGGAGGAGGAAGACGAAGAAUCCUUCCAUCUCUAUCCCCUCGCGCGCGCGCUUUGCUCUCGCCAUUCUCAUCUCCCUCUCUCAUAUGCUGCAUGGAAGCGAAGGAUCCCUCCGGCGGUGCUAGCGCUGCUACUCCUCCCUCGCUCGCGGCGCUUCCGCUCCUCACAGCCGGCAACCACGCCGCCGCGGACUGCAAGACGAGCAUCGAUCUGAGGCGAGGAACAGUCGCGCCCGAUCCCCCUGUAGUCGCCACAGCACCACCAUUGCCCGGAGGAGGAGAAGGAGGAGGAGGAUCCAGCUCCAGCAAGAACCCUAGUUCCUCGUCGUCGCCCCCGGGAGGAGCUGCAAUGGCACCACCACCCAUGAUGAUGAUGAUCCAGCAGCAGCAAAGCAGCAGCAACAAUGGGAAUGGGAAUGGAUCCAGCGGUGGUGGCACGGCGAGCGCGAGCGCGGGCGCGGCGAUGAGCAGCGGCAGCCCAUUCUCUCACGGAUCGGCGCUGACGCUGGGCAGCGGUCCCUUGCUCAAGCGCAAGCGCGGGAGGCCCAGGAAGUAUGUGGAGGGGACGACGUCAAGCCAGUCGCCAGUGCUCAUCAUGGGCUCCUCGCCGCCGCCGCCGCUGCCCAAUCCAUCCCCGCCACCGGUGUCGGGCAUCUCGGCCAUCUCCGGGCUGCCCACCCCGCCCAGCCCGCUGGGCGUCGCGCUCGCGCUCGCGCCGCUAGCCGCCGCCUCCAACGCCGCCGCCGCGUCGCAGCUCCCCUUCGCCACCGCCGCCGCCACUCCUCCGCCAGCCUCGGGGGAGAAGAAGCGAGGGAGGCCGCCGGGCACUGGCAAGAAGCAGCAGCUUGCCGCCUUGGGUGCGUGGCUCGCAGGAUCUGCAGGUCAAGGCUUCACUCCGCAUGUCAUUACAAUUGCUGCAGGCGAGGAUGUGGCGACCAGGAUCAUCUCGUUUGCGCAGAUCGGGCCCCGGGCCACCUGCGUACUCUCUGCAAACGGGGCCAUCUCUAACGUAACACUCCGCCAGCCCGCCACCUCGGGGGGCACUGUAACAUACGAGGGACGCUUCGAGAUUUUGUCACUCUCGGGUUCCUUCCUCCUCACCGAGAACGGUAACACCAAGAGCAGGAGCGGCGGCCUGAGCGUCUCGCUGGCCGGGCCCGACGGACGCGUCAUAGGUGGUAGUGUCGCGGGCUUGCUCGUAGCCGCAAGCCCAGUCCAGGUCGUCGUAGGAAGUUUUAUAGCCGAGACGCGCAAGCCACCCCAAGUCCAAGUCCGCCCAACCUCGGGUUCCUCCAGCGAGAUGCUGUCCGGGGUGGCGAACUCGCCCAUGGCCUCGCCCAUGUCCACGGCCACGAGGCCACCGCUGGGAGCCAGUCCUCUCAACGACGCUGGCCAUGCCACCGCCACCACCGCCAUGGCCACCACCACCACCACCACCACCACCAACUUGAAUAACACCAAUGCCAACGCCAGUGCCAGUGCCAACGCCAACAACAGCAGCAGCAAUGCCAACAACAGCAGCAGCGAUGGCAAUGCCAGCAACAAUAAUAACUCGUCGCCGGUUCACCACCACCACCACCACCACCACCAUAUGGCUUGGUCUUCCAGCCCAGGUGAUGAGCAGCAGAAUCAAGGUGGUGGGCACGGAACUGAUAUCAACAUCUCGCUACCGGGAUCGUAAUGCCAUCUUCAUUCAACAACAACAACAGCAACAGCAACAACAUCACCAAAAAAAAAGGAAAAAAAAAAAUGAAAGACAAAAUGGAAGAAAGAAUGCGUGACAGCAAAGGUGGCGGGCAGCAGCUUCUUCUAACUGGAAAACAACACAAACAACCGAGAAUUUUUUUCCUUUCUUUCUUUUGGUUUCCUUUCAAAUUUUUUUAAAUGUUUCCCCUUGUUUUUUCCUUCUUUUUUUUGUGCUGAUUUCGUCGUUCAUCGUGUUUUAAUUUUCUUU